UUUCACAACAAACCUUUCAUCUUUCUUCACUGUGUGAACUUCUCCAUAUUCUAUUCUUUUUCUCCAUUCAAUUCCUAAGAAACCAGAGCUUCAGAGAAGGUGAGAAUGUUCUAAGUAGCUUUACAUGGCGAGCCAAAGAUUAGGAGAAACGGGUCUGUCUGAGUCAGGACCUUCAAGUCACCAUGUCCCUUAUGGAGUUCUUCAUGGGAUUAAUACCUCAGCAUCAGGCCUAAUGAAUCAAGGGUCUGCUUUUGAUUUUGGAGAGCUGGAAGAGGCUUUUGCUCUGCAAGGAAUCAAGAUAAGAAGUGAUGAAGCCAAAUCAUCAGCUUUAUUCAUAGGCAGGCCUUCAGCCACACUGGAAAUGUUCCCUUCAUGGCCAAUGAGAUUCCACCAAACCCCAAGAGGAGGUUCAAAGUCAGGAGGGGAAAGCACUGAUUCAGGAUCAGGAAUGAACACUCUUUCAAGCAAAACUGAGCUCCAAUUUGAAACAGAAUCUCCCAUAAGCAUAAAAGCAUCUUCUUCAGAUCAUCAACAGGCUUUUGAUCAGCUUCAACAACAACAACAGGAGACAGCAACUGAUGGCUCAAGGGCAGGGACAUCACAGACUCAAUCAGCAGCCAAAUCACAACAAGAAAAGAGGAAAGGAGCUGGUUCCACAUCAGAGAAGCCACUUGAUGCAAAGACACUGAGACGUUUAGCUCAAAACAGAGAAGCUGCUAGGAAAAGCCGUCUCAGGAAAAAGGCUUAUGUGCAGCAGCUAGAGUCAAGUAGAUUAAAGCUCACACACCUUGAACAAGACCUUCAAAGAGCUCGCUCUCAGGGAGUGUUUAUGGGUUGUGGUGGUGCUGGUGGAAGUAUAUUAAGUUCUGGAGCUGCAAUGUUUGACCUGGAGUAUGCAAGAUGGUUAGAAGAUGACCACCGGCACAUGGCGGAGCUCCGGACCGGGCUGCAGGCACCACUGUCCGACGGCGAGCUAAGGGUGAUUGUGGAUGGAUACCUGUCUCAUUAUGAUGAGGUUUUCAGGCUGAAGGGAGUGGCUGCUAAAACAGACGUGUUUCAUCUCAUCAAUGGCAUGUGGACUUCACCAGCUGAGAGAUGCUUCCUCUGGAUAGGUGGUUUCAAACCAUCAGAACUCAUCACAAUGUUGAUACAACAGUUGGAGCCCCUAGCUGAGCAGCAAAUUAUGGGCAUAUGUGCUCUCCGCCAUUCUUCAGUGCAAGCAGAAGACGCUCUCACUCAAGGUCUUGAACAGCUUCAGCAGUCUCUCGUUGAAACCAUCGCCGGUGGCUCCGUCGCCGAUGGCGUCCAACAGAUGGUGGCCGCCAUGGGCAAGCUUGCCAACCUUGAAGGAUUUGUUGGCCAGGCUGAUAAUCUGAGACAACAAACCCUUCAUCAGUUAUGUCGAUUACUGACAGUUCGACAAGCUGCAAGAUGUUUUGUUGUGAUUGGAGAGUACUAUGGUCGUUUAAGAGCCCUAAGUUCUCUUUGGGCAUCAAGACCUAGAGAGAGCAUGAUCAGUGAUGAUAACUCAUGCCAAACAACCACAGAACUGCAGAUGGUUCAACCUUCUCAGAAUCAUUUCUCCAAUUUCUGAAAGAUAAUGUAAUUGAAAACCUGACAAGUGGAUUUCUUUGAGCUGCUUUAGUAGGAAAGAAAAGGGUGUCACCACCAUCAUGAUGAAGAAUUAAUUAUAAUAUAUAUAUUUUUUUUUUCUUUUCAAUCUUCUUCAGUGUCUCUAUGUUUUGCUGUAAUUAUAUGGAAUCUGAGUUUUAAGUGAAUGAUGAGGAGGCUUCUA